AUGAGCAAGUUGAAAUCAGUACCUCAGGGAUAUGUCCACAUCGCGGAUGACGGAGUGGCACGAGCUUACGACGAGAACGAAUCCGUUAUCGACUAUGUUCCCUUGACCAAUGACCAGCUUAAGCAGCUGCUCGCGAACCUUCCAGAACCAUGGAAGAAGGAAGCGGAUCAUUUGCACGCUGUAUUUGAUGACGUCGACGGACGUCAAGUUACGGAUGAGAAACAGUUGCUUGACCCUCCUGCUGAGCUUCGAAAUCCCAUGCCUCGUCAGGCACCUCAGUCUAAGCGCGCCGCCGACCCUCUCCAACAGUCCGACUAUUUCUGCAGAGGCCAACUCUGCAAUGAUGAUCCAGCUUGCCAAUUCAUGGGCUGCAGAGGUUGUUAUAGGGUGGAUUUGACCUAUCCAGAAGCACCGGGUCUUUGCUAUUAG